ACUCUGGGGCGCUAGGCUCCGGACUCCGCGGCGCAGACUGCACCUCGCAGUCUUCCCAGGUCCGCGCAGCAGCCGCGCUUCAGCCAGCUUAUAAAAUCCAUGGUUCUGCCCUGGCCCAGUGGGAGCUCUCAUUCUAUUUUACAGAAUAGAGGCUGCCCUGACUCUUGAAUUAAUACUGGGAUAUUCAGUGGCAGGAGGAGUAAUCAGAAGACGGAGAUGAAUUUUAACACUAUUUUGGAGGAGAUUCUUAUUAAAAGGUCACAGCAGAAAAAGAAGACUUCGCCCUUAAACUACAAAGAGAGACUUUUUGUACUUACAAAGUCCAUGCUAACCUACUAUGAGGGUCGAGCAGAGAAGAAAUACAGAAAGGGGUUUAUUGAUGUUUCAAAAAUCAAGUGUGUGGAAAUAGUGAAGAAUGAUGAUGGUGUCAUUCCCUGUCAAAAUAAAUAUCCAUUUCAGGUUGUUCAUGAUGCUAACACACUUUACAUUUUUGCACCUAGUCCACAGAGCAGGGACCUGUGGGUGAAGAAGUUAAAAGAAGAAAUAAAGAACAACAAUAAUAUUAUGAUUAAAUAUCAUCCUAAAUUCUGGACAGAUGGAAGUUAUCAGUGUUGUAGACAAACUGAAAAAUUAGCACCCGGAUGUGAAAAAUACAAUCUUUUUGAGAGUAGUAUAAGGAAAGCACUACCUCCAGCACCAGAAACAAAGAAGCGAAGGCCUCCCCCACCAAUUCCACUAGAAGAAGAAGAUAACAGUGAAGAAAUCGUUGUAGCCAUGUAUGAUUUCCAAGCGACAGAAGGACAUGAUCUCAGAUUAGAGAGAGGCCAAGAGUAUCUCAUUUUAGAAAAGAAUGAUGUUCAUUGGUGGAGAGCAAGAGAUAAAUAUGGGAAUGAAGGAUAUAUCCCAAGUAAUUAUGUAACGGGAAAGAAAUCAAACAACUUAGAUCAAUAUGAAUGGUAUUGCAGAAAUAUGAAUAGAAGUAAGGCAGAGCAACUCCUCCGCAGUGAAGAUAAAGAAGGUGGUUUUAUGGUAAGGGAUUCCAGUCAACCAGGCUUGUACACAGUCUCCCUUUAUACCAAGUUUGGAGGAGAAGGUUCAUCGGGUUUCAGGCAUUAUCAUAUAAAGGAAACAACAACAUCUCCAAAGAAGUAUUACCUAGCUGAAAAACAUGCUUUUGGCUCCAUUCCUGAGAUUAUUGAAUAUCAUAAGCACAAUGCAGCAGGACUUGUCACCCGGCUUCGGUACCCAGUUAGUGUGAAAGGGAAGAAUGCACCCACCACUGCAGGAUUCAGCUAUGAGAAAUGGGAGAUUAACCCUUCAGAGCUGACCUUUAUGAGGGAAUUGGGAAGUGGACUGUUUGGAGUGGUGAGGCUUGGCAAAUGGCGAGCCCAGUACAAAGUCGCAAUCAAAGCUAUUCGGGAAGGUGCAAUGUGCGAGGAGGACUUUAUAGAAGAAGCUAAAGUGAUGAUGAAACUGACACACCCGAAGUUAGUGCAGCUUUAUGGUGUAUGCACCCAGCAGAAACCAAUAUACAUUGUUACCGAGUUCAUGGAAAGGGGCUGCCUUCUGAAUUUCCUCCGACAGAGACAAGGUCAUUUCAGUAGAGACGUGCUGCUGAGCAUGUGUCAGGAUGUGUGUGAAGGGAUGGAGUAUCUGGAGAGAAACAGCUUCAUCCACAGAGAUCUGGCUGCCAGAAAUUGUCUAGUAAGUGAGGCGGGAGUUGUAAAAGUAUCUGAUUUUGGAAUGGCCAGGUAUGUUCUGGAUGAUCAGUACACAAGUUCUUCUGGUGCUAAGUUUCCCGUGAAGUGGUGUCCACCAGAAGUGUUUAAUUACAGCCGCUUCAGCAGCAAAUCAGAUGUCUGGUCAUUUGGUGUUUUAAUGUGGGAAGUAUUCACGGAAGGCAGAAUGCCUUUUGAAAAAUACACCAAUUAUGAAGUGGUAACCAUGGUCACUCGAGGCCACCGACUCUACCAGCCGAAGUUGGCGUCCAACUAUGUAUAUGAGGUGAUGCUGAGAUGUUGGCAGGAGAAACCAGAGGGAAGGCCUUCUUUUGAAGAUCUGCUGCGCACAAUAGAUGAACUAGUUGAAUGUGAAGAAACUUUUGGAAGAUAAGUGAUGUGACCAGUGGCUCCCAGAUUCCCAAGCACAAGAAAGGAUGGGCAUUUUGUGGCUUUUAAUUUAUUGAGCACUUGGACAUGUAGAUCGUUUUACUUAUACAGUGGAAACACAUAAAUAAUUUGCUUCUAGACCAGGCUCUGUCUAGACUUGCUUCUAGACAGAAUCUCCCAGAGUGUGGAAAUGUUGCCUUAGAAAUGGUGAUUAAAAUCACUCAUUUCUAUUCAUUCCUCGGGCACUUGAGUGACAGUUGUUUACCAGGCACUGUGUGUAGCCCCAGGGUUUGGCCGUUUAGGGGUGCACACAUGGGACCAUAUUAGCUGAUGCUAGUUGAAGGCCAGGGUAUUUGGGAAGGGGAAGGGUAUUAGAGUCAUGACCAAGCAACCCUUGUUUUUCCCUUUGACUUCUACAGAAAUCUGGGCCUGAGAUAUUGUCUACAAUUGGGUUCUAGAUAAAUCAGGAACCCACCUUGGAUACAUAAAUACCUAUCUUUUGUUUUGAAAACAUCUCAGUUUUCAAGAUUGCUCUUAGUAUUACAUGAACAAUAUUUGUAUGCUGUAUAUAUUGUAAAUAUAUAUAAUAUAUAAAGUUAUAUAUUUAUAAGAAA